CUGCAGGCUGGUUGAGACGGACUGGUCGCCCUCACAGCAGGAUGUACUGAAGGGGAAAGAGGGUUAUCAGAGUUUAGCUGGUCGGCAUGCAGUGGAGUCGGCUGACCGAGUGAAUCUGAGUUCAUUUUUCAAGGAAGAGCGAAUGUCGCAGGCGGAUACCGAGGGGAAAUGAGUAACAGGAUGGAGGGUUCGGCGGGACCAGGCGUCAGGGCGAAUGGACCCGUGGCAGCGCCCAGCGUCCCGGUGAGCUCCACCAUGGGCCCACCUCUGCCUCCAGAAGACCUGGAGGAAGAGCAGCAGUCGUCACUGACGGAUGUCACCCAAAUGUGGAUUAAGUUCGCCAAGACCUUCGCCAUCAUCUUCCCGAUCUACGUCUUGGGAUAUUUUGAGUUCAGCUUCAGCUGGGUUCUGAUCGGACUCGCUGCGUUAUUCUACUGGAGGAGGAACUACGGCAAUAAAGACUACAGGAUAAACCGUGCCUUAGCAUACCUGGAACACAAGGAGAAAGCAGUGAGGCAAAGUUUGCCUACUACUGAGCUCCCACCAUGGGUCCAUUAUCCAGAUGUGGAAAGAGUGGAGUGGCUGAAUAAGACGGUGAAGCAGAUGUGGCCGUUCAUCUGCCAGUUUGUGGACAAGCUGUUCAGAGAGACCAUCGAGCCGGCGGUGAGGGGCGCCAACCCUCACCUCAGCUCCUUCUCCUUCACCAAGAUCGACAUGGGCGACAAGCCGCUGAGAGUGAACGGGGUGAAAGUUUACACAGAGAAUGUGGACAAGAGGCAGGUCAUCAUGGACCUGCAGAUCAGUUUUGUCGGGAACACAGAGAUCGACGUGGACAUCAAGAAGUACUACUGCAGAGCUGGAAUCAAGAGCAUACAGCUUCAUGGAGUGAUGAGAGUGGUGAUGGAGCCGCUGCUGGGGGACAUGCCUCUGAUCGGAGCCCUGUCCGUCUUCUUCCUCAAGAAACCGUUGUUGGACAUCAACUGGACAGGACUCACUAACAUGCUGGACAUUCCCGGUGUCAAUGGUUUAUGUGACAACAUCAUCCAGGACAUCAUCUACAGCUUCCUGGUCCUGCCCAACUCCAUCAAAAUCCCUCUGGUGGGAGAGGCCCAGCUGGCCCAGCUUCGCUUCCCCAUGCCCAAGGGCGUCCUGAGAAUCCACUUCAUCGAGGCCCAGGACCUGCUGGGUAAAGACAAGUUCCUUGGAGGGCUGAUCAAAGGCAAGUCAGACCCGUACGGAGUCAUCGCGGUCGGGAACCAACUCUUCCAGAGCAAAGUCAUCCACGAGACCGUCCACCCGAAAUGGAACGAAGUGUACGAGGCCUUGGUGUACGAUCACUCAGGACAGAACCUGUCGGUUGAGCUGUUUGAUGAAGAUACCGAUAAAGACGACUUUCUGGGAAGUCUGGCGAUCGACCUGGCCGAGCUCCAGAAGGAACAGAGGGUCGAUGAGUGGUUUGUGUUGGACGACGUGGCCACGGGGAAGCUGCACCUAAGACUGGAGUGGUUAUCUCUGCUGCCCACACCUGAGAAGCUGGACCAGGCACUGAUGAGCAUCAAAGCUGAUCGAGGUCAAGCCAACGACGGCCUGUCGUCCGCGCUGCUCGUCGUCUUCCUGGAUUCAGCCAGAAACCUGCCGAGCGUCUUCGAGGGGAACUUGGGCUCUGGCUACUUAAAAGAGAGGCGGGCGGCGGGCCUCGUGUUUUGCGAGAACACCGCCUCUCUCUAUAGGACCUUAUUUUCCGGUAAAAAAGUGACUAGUGAUCCCAGUCCGUUUGUCCAGUUCACAAUGGGGCACAAAUCCUUUGAGAGCAAGACCAGAUAUAAGACUAAUGAACCAGUGUGGGAGGAAGCCUUCACCUUCCUCAUCCACAACCCCAAAAGUCAAGAGUUGGAGGUUGAGGUGAAGGAUGAGAAACACGAGUGUUCGUUGGGGACGUUAACGCUGCCUCUGAGUCGCCUGCUGGAGGCAGCAGACAUGACGCUGACCCAGCGCUUCCCCCUGAAGAACUCCGGACCGAGCUGCACCCUCAAGAUGAAGAUGGCUCUGCGGGUGUUGUGUCUGGAUAAGGACUCUUCUUCAUCCUCAAACUCCACGCCGUCCUCGGUGCAGGUCCGCAGGUCCGACCCCUCCAACCAGACCCCGAGGCCCUCCGUCUCCUCAGAGUCCCCGAAGGUUCCCUCCUCCACCUCCGACAUCCCCCGCUCCUCGGUAUCGGCCCAGGACGUGCUGAACCAGCGGAGGGACGCAGAGGAGCCCGUCAGGUCUCCUGGAAGCACAGACUUGGGGCAGAGUGGAGGAGGAGGAGGAGGAGGAGGAGGAGGCGGUGGUCAGAGCCUGGCGGAGACCGGGAGGAGCACCUCUAACCUGGCCAUCUCAGGCUCCCAGCAGUACCUGGCAGGAGGCAAGGAGCCGACGCCCAGCAUCGCAUCAGACAUCUCCAACCCCUACGCCACUCAGGAGCUGCAGCAGAGGCUCCAGCAGCUGCAAAAUGGUUCGGGCCCCAGUUAUUUCCCUCUGGGUGAGAUCCAGCUGACGGUCAGACACAGCUCGCAGAGGAACAAACUCAUCGUAGUCGUUCACAGCUGCAGAAACCUGAUAUCGUUCACUGAUCAGGGGUCAGAUCCUUACGUGCGCCUCUACCUGCUUCCUGACAAACGGAGGUCGGGCAGGAGGAAAACUCACACCUUCAAGAAAACCCUCAACCCUGUUUUUGAUCAGACGUUUGAGUUCAGUGUUUCCCUCGUGGAGCUGCACAGACGGACUCUGGAUGUCGCUGUGAAGAACGGCGGAGGUCUGCUCUCCAAACACAAAGGCCUUCUGGGAAAGGUCCUGGUGGAUUUGACUCAUGAGGAAAUCACCAAGGGUUGGACACAGUGGUAUGAGCUGAGUGAAGACGGCCUGGCGAAGCAUCACCAGCUAUAGACGGCAACAACUUCAUCACUAUCAUUACCAUCAUCAUAUCGCCACACUUCCACAUUAUACACUUCCACUUAACUCUACAGGACGACAUGGUUUUUAUUUGUUGUUAUUUUCAUCACUUGUAACUUGUUAAAAAAAGGAAACAGAAGCAGCUUCUGACUUUCAUUUAAUCACAUCAGUCGCAAGGCAAACCUCCCCUUUAAGAAGUGAGUGAGAGUGAUUGACUAAAGGGAGCAUAUACAACAUGUAGAAAACAUAUAUAUAUGACAUAAUAUACUGCUAUGGAAGUCUGUAUUCCAUGUUUAUAGAAGAAACUAUAAUGGCCUAUUUUUUUUUUUGCUGUUGCAGCAUUUUCCUGCCUGGAGUUUCUGUAAAGAAUGAUGAUGUACAAGUUUGUAAAUAAUGUACAAUGAUGCUGGACAAGACAGACGGUGUAUUCCAGAGAUAAGAGAGAGGUGUGUGUGGUCUCUUACUUGGCCAAAUGAUUGUCUGUAAUUUUAUCUUAUUUGAUUGUUUUUUUUAAAGGAAAAUGUCGUGGACAGAGUUUGUGGAGCAGAUCAGAUCAGAGCAGGCGCAGGGAAAGAUGUCACCAAAGAGACGAGAAAUCUUUUUAUUUUAUUUUAUUUUUUCUACACUGGCUUUAUUCCACUUUAAUAGUGUCUGUAUUUACCACAGGGUAACAACUGUAAGUGCAGAAAUAUUGUGCCAAAAUGUGAUGCGAGCACCAAGUUAGUUAACGCAGUCUUUUCCACCUGCUGUUACACUGAGAUAAGGCCAUUGUAGAAGGUUACCUAGUCGGUUUUUAAACUGAAUAUUUGCACAUUGUGUUUUUUAAAAUCUGGUUGGGGAUCAUUUGUACUCUUUGUUACAGUUUAAGCAUUACCUGAAUUUAUUUAGAUUUCUUAGAUUUAGAUUUAAAUUUCUUGCCAAAUUUUUAAAAAUUCUCCAAGUUAAAAACUGAAAAAUGUAAGUGUCCAGUUUUGAAACAAAAGCCACCUAACUCAUUCAUUAAUCUGUUAUAUCUUGAAUAGUGUGUAACGACAAGUGUCAGGAAGUGGUCAUCUCGCAGUGUUACUGUAUGUGCUGGACUAUUUCUUGUUGAUGACUAGGAAGUCUCUGCACCCGCCCUGUUAAACCACCUGUUAGUUUUACACUUAAACAAAUGAGAUAUAACAUGUUAAUCAGUGAGCUUUAGAGGUGCUGUUUCUGUUCCUAAUGCUAAGAUAAGCUAACCCUCUCCUGGCUUUAACAGACAGAGUGUUAUUGCUCUUCUCAUCCAAAUAUUGGUGACAGGCUGUUAUUUCAAACAUGUUUUCCCACAGUACUGAUUCAGUAUAAUGAUACAGUCAUGUCAUACUCAGCUCUCUGUUGCUCUGAGGUUCAGAAAUUCAGCUUUUAUCAAUAAUUUAUUCAAAGCAUUCCAACUUUUUCUUUUUUAAAAAUUAAUAUCAAGCCACCAUCAAGAAAACACUUCCUGCCAGUUUUUUUUUUUUUUUUUAACAUUAUAAGUCUACCAGUUUCUGCUUUUAGCAGCUUUUUAAUGUGAAAAAUCAGCAGUGGAAAAACUGAAAAAAGAAACAAAGCAGCAGAGUGGCACUACUGUCCAACAGACGUUUUUUUUUUUGAUGAUUUAUAUGAUAAUUAACAGUUUGCACAUCUGCACAAACACCUUAAAGCAACACAAAGACUGCACCAAUCACCAGAUUCCUACAAACAAAUUGAUCAAAAUAUUCAAUAUCUACAAUAUUUGGCAACUUUUUAACUGAAAGUUGAACUUUUUUUAAUGCUGACAGCAGGGUUUGUCGCUGUUUAGCGAGGUCAUGAUCAUAUUUCGUUUAUGCAUCAACUUUAGUCUUAACUUGUCAUUUUCAACACUCUGUCAACUUUGUGUUGUUUGUUGCAGUUACAGAGAAAAUAUGAGUAAAUCUGAAGCAAGUCCACAGAUCAGUGUUGAAAAUGACAUUUGCAUUUUUAUUGUUGUUCUGUUGUUGUGUACAUACACUUAUUUUCUCACUCAUUUUAUUAAACAUUUGACUUUACAGCGCUCACUCAGAAGGGAUUUAUAUCAGUAACAAACACAAAAUCCACAGUUAUUAGUAUCAAACACUUAAAUAAAGGCAUUUAGUAUCUUUGUGGCCAUACACAGCCAAAGAGCAGCGAUUUUGUGUUGGUAGAGGUGGGUAGUUUGACCUUUGACCUCCAAAACACAAAAUAUAGACCUUUGUCUUGUUUGAGUUCACAUCAAGCAUCAAGAAAGUAUUUUACAUAUAUGUAUGUCAACCGUGCCGUUCUGCAUUUUAUGUAUUUUUAAUGUUUGUUUUUUUUCUAUUUGUGUUUUUCAGCCCUCUUUGUCUAGGUCUGUGUUUUAUUUUGUAAGUAAUAAAAAAUUCAUCUGUAAGCCAUUGGAUUUGAAAGCUAUGCCUCUGGGCUGGAGUGUGUCCUCUGAAAGGCGGUUUGUCUCCUCCGUCUUCUUAAUUUAUCUUGUGCCUUAAAAAAUUCAUAUGGCCCAGAGAUAUUUACAUGUAAAGAAUAGAACCAACAAAAUGCUACAAUGUUUCCCAUGUUUCAGAAUGUCUCCUAAAUGUCUUUUAACAAUGAAUAAAGAGCUUUAGCUGGCUAUAGCAGCAUGAAGCUGUGCAGCA